CUUAGCAUUACUUUGAAUGAUGGUGCUUUGAAGAAAUUUUUGGAAACCGCAAAAGAUCUAUCGCCCGAAGAGCGUGGCAAGUCUUUGGAAAAUGAUGCUGCUAUGACGGAGGAUCACCAGGCUUUGGCUCAGGAAGGACAAACUGCUGCCAAUCCCGAUGAAAAAGUCUAUCAUCAUUUCAUUGCUCUAGUCAAUGUCGAUGGUACUCUCUAUGAGUUGGACGGACGCAAAUCGUUCCCCAUUAAACAUGGUGAAACUACCGACGAAUCCUUUGUCCAAGAUGCUGCACGUGUUUGCAAAGAAUUUAUGGCUCGUGAUCCAGAAGAGCUACGUUUUACUGUCAUGGCAUUGGCUGCCAAUCAAAACUAAAAAGGAUUUGCAUAACUACAAAAAUCCCCAUUAUAUGUGUUGCUUUUAAUGCAUUUUUUAUAACUUUUUUAUAUGUUUAUAUAUAGAGAUUUUGAGAAUCUCUUUAAAACAAACGCUUAAAUGCCUUUUUAUGCUUUAAUUAAACUUUUGGUCUGAAUUUAAAUGUAUUCUUUUUUUAAAAUAAACUAUAAACUUUAA